AUGAAUUGGGCAACCAUAGCACCCGAGACCCGCCUGUUCAAAGGCAAGAAUCUCUUCAGGUGGGAGGAUUCUCCAGGACUUGAGCACCAUUGUGGUGUUUGCGCAACACCUCUGCAUAACUCCAGGGCCAAGACCAGUUGUAUCGGCAAGCAUGUCGAACCGUGCUACAGAUUCCACCAGCAAUUGCACUUCGUUGGCAAGUCACACGAAUGCUUUGGCUGCAAUUCAUCUGAUGAAUUGCACCAUGGUCGACACAAGGAGAUCUUGAGACUCGUCCGUCAAAUUGCGGCACUCGACGAAGCUUCUUCCCUCCUCACACCUAGCAGAAGCCUCUUCGGAAAGGGAAGGCGUACAUCCGACAAUUCAUUGAGUGUAACAGACACCAGCUCUGAGAGCCAACCUUCCGAGGAAGCCAAAAUGACAAGGAGAGAGCGGAAGAAAGCGAAAAAAGCGAGCAAUAACUCUGUCAAGGAUAAACACAACAUGGAAGUGUUCCCGCAAGAGGAACUAGACUUCAUCAGCGAAGCUAUCCACCUAACUGUCCACGAGAGCAAGGGAGCUUGGGAGGGUACGUAUGUCUACGAUCACACGAAACCAGAAGAAGAGGCUGUACCCGAGGAAGAGAACCAGGAUGAGACGGACCUCGAAAGCAUCGCCAGCAGUAUCAACGAUCUUGCUGUCAAGUCUCCUGGCGAGAUGACCCCAAGGCAAAGGAAGACACAGAAGAAGUUCAACUCGGCCAUAAAUCACAGUAGCUUCAAUGGCGGCUCUCGCAAAUACGGCACUCCAAAAACUGAUCAUUUUGAUAGAGUUGAUCCUGACAUAUUCUCCCGCCUUGGUAUCGAGAUUGCAAACCCAGCCAACAAUUCUAAGGAACGGAAAGAUCUUACCACCAAGCUCGUUGAAGCAGUCAAAGAGGACAUCAACAUCAUCAAGCGUGAGGAUGAGGACACGGUGAUGAGAGAAGAAGGGUUCUGGAGGUGGGCUGGUAGAAAUGCUUACUACUACAUCUCGGAGACCAGGAAAGAUUUCGACUGGGCAACCGGUCAGAAGAGAGGACCUCCAAAGUUCGACUUCCCCGAAGAAGAUGUUCUAAUUGAGGAAGGCGUGAUCGUCGAACGGCCAUUACCACCUCUUCCAGAGCCUGAACCUAUUUCCCAACCAGAAAAGGCACCCGACGACGAGGAGUUUACGUUGGUGACAUCCAAGAAACCAACUGUUGUCAAAACUAAGAAAGAGAUCAAAUACAUGCAAACCAGGUCUGCUAAAAAAGCUCUCAAAAGACCUCUGCCUCCCUUGCCAAGUUUCCAACAAGACUUUGAGCCUAUUGAAGAGGAACAAGGUGAGGACUUUCAAGAGAUGAUACGCCGACACGAGCAAAGGGUUGCUGGUGAAGGAAUUCUAGGAAGGUGGAUCCAGCCACGGCCUCCUUACAUACCUCCUCGUACUCGAGGCAUGAAGUAG